GAGAGUAAUUUCUCUCUGUCAGUCUCAGUCUGUCGUUAGGGUUUAUCCGAGGGUUUCGACUCGAGACAGUGGUGCGAUUCAAACAUGGCGAAGCCAGGCCGAGGUCGUCCAGCAACUCCAUCGGGGUCCGGAUCAGGUUCGUCUCCGUCUCGCUCUCGGUCCCGCUCCUCCACCGGUUCGGACUCUCGGUCCAGCUCGCGCUCCCGAUCUCGUUCCCGCUCCAGUUCUUCUUCUCCCUCUCGCACCGCCAGUUCUCGCAGCCGAAGCCCCCCUCCCCAGAGAAAAAGGUGCACACACAAUCAGCGAGGUCGCUCCCCACCACUACAAUCUAAGAAAACUUCUCCACCCCCAAGGAAAACGUCUCCAUUCCCGAGUCUCGUGUUCUUCAUGGACCAGCUUAGCAGGAAUGUGAAUGAAGCCCAUUUAAAAGAAAUAUUCAGUAAUUUUGGAGAAGUUGUUAAUGUACGGCUGGUAAUGGAUCAUGCCGUUAACCUUUCAAGAGGAUUUGGAUAUGUUGAGUUCAAGAUAAGAACUGAUGCUGAAAAAGCCCUAGCAUACAUGGAUGGUGGCCAAAUUGAUGGGAAUGUUGUUCGAGCAAAGUUCACGCUACCUGAACGGAAGAAGGUUUCACCACCACCUAAGGUGGUUCCCACUGUAUCAAAGAGAGAUGCUCCAAAAAUUGAUAACGUUGGUGCUGAUGUUGAAAAGGAUGGACCAAAGCGGCAGAGAGAACCUUCUCCCCGUCGCAAGCCUCACUCUCCCUUGCGAAGAAGAUCACCCAUAGCUCGAAGAGGUGGAUCUCCGAGACGAGAGCCAGACUCUCCUCUGCGUCGACGCGUGGACUCUCCUGUUCGUCGUCGAGGAGAAUCUCCUUACCACCGUGGUGAAACACCUCCCAGGAGGAGGCCUGCAUCUCCAGGCAGAGGUCGUUCACCUUCCUCCCCACCAAGGAGGAAUAGAUCACCAGCAAGGGCCUCUCCCCGGAGGAUUCGUGGCAGUCCUAUUCGCAGACGCUCUCCUAUUCCACCAAGGCGCCGUUCCCCCCCUCCUAGACGAGCUCGAAGUCCGCCCAGAAGGUCUCCUGUUAAUCGUAGACGCAGCCGCUCUCCUAUUCGAAGGCCUGUGCGUUCACGUUCAAGAUCAAUCUCUCCACGGAGAGGUCGAGCACCAGUUCCAAGGCGUGGGAGGUCGUCAUCUUACUCAGAUUCCCCUAGUCCACGCAAGGUAGGGCGAAGGGUAUCGAGGAGCCGUAGUCCUCGAAGGCCGUUGAGAGGUAGAAGCACUAGCAACAGCAGCAGCAGCAGUUCGCCACCACCACCUCGUAAGCCAUGAGUCACGUGAAAGAAGAUGGUAAUUGUUCAAUGAGAUGUCAUUGUUGGUUUGAACUAUUUCAUAUCGUAUUGUAACUAUGACCGUUUGCCGAGAGAAUGAUGAUGUAGGGUUUGUUUUCAGUUGCCUGAUAUGGGGGACUGUACCCUGUUUGCCAGUAAUUACAUUUCUUGUUAUUUGCUGAGAAACUUAUUUUAAGUUGGACGUGUACAUCAAAUAUCUUAUGACUGGACUCCCUCUAUUACUUCGGAUGAUUGUUUUGGAUUCUCUGAAUCAAGCAAAGAAUCGUGCCCAUGCUGUUUGGUUGUGAUGUA